AUGUCGGCUGCAAUCACUUCUCUAACACCUUCACAGGUCAACGAUGAGCUCAAUAAGAUGCAAGCUUUCAUCAAGAAAGAAGCAGAGGAAAAAUCGAAGGAAAUCAGGCUAAAGGCGGACCAAGAAUAUGAGAUAGAGAAGACUGGUCUUGUGCGUAACGAGACGGCCAACAUCGAUUCUGCGAUGGAAGACAAGACCAAGAAAGCCUCAUUGAAGCAGCAGAUUACCAAGUCGACUAUCGCCAACAAAAUGCGUCUCAAGGUGCUGUCGACUAGAGAACAGUUGCUGGACGACAUCUUUGAAUCUGCCAAGGCUGAGCUGAAGACUAUCUCAUCAAACAAAAAGAAAUAUGAGCCAGUCUUGAAGGCCGUGAUUUUGGAGUCGCUUUACAGACUUCUUGAGCCUAAAGUGGUGGUGAAGGUUCGUGAAGAAGACAGAAGCAUCGUUGAUUCUGUUAAAGAUGAAAUUUUGAAAGAGUAUGCCGAUAAAACGGGCAGAGAGACGGACAUCAGCAUUUCAUCUGAGUAUUUGAAGAAAGAUGCCGCUGGUGGUGUCAUUGCCUCUGACGAGAGUGGUAAAAUUGUUGUCGAUAACACUCUAGAGGAGAGACUAACCAUUCUAAAUCAAGAAGCUCUUCCAGCCAUUAGACUUGAACUUUUUGGCAUCUCAGACUCUAGAAAAUUUUUUGACUGA